CAGAAAUUUCACGACGUUGAGAAAUACAGUUUAGAACGGGCCUACAGCAUCAUCGACCAAAAAUAUUUACAAACAACAUGAGAAUGGAUGACACUCAGGCAGUGUAUUUGGUUUGUCUCACAAAUGAAGGUGGUCUUCCUUUGUUCACGCGAUCAAAGGGCCAAUCAAAGGCAUUGGCCUUUGCGGAGCAAGGCAUGCUGUAUGGGGUUCAGAUGUUUGCCCAGAAUCACGAUGUAGGAUUGCAGAGCACAACCACAGAGGAAGCAAAGGUGGUCUGGAAAGUCUUUCAUAAUAGUGUGACACUAGUGCUGAUUGUACCAGAUGAUGGUUGCAGUGAUGUUCAUCUUAACACGCUACUCGAUCAUAUCUUUCAUACAAUGGUGAUGUUCAUUGGCUUAGACACCCUCGAAAACAUUAAAAAUGUGGAACGGCUAAGGAGAGACCUGAAGGUGUGUUUUGGUGUCAUUGACUUCCUCCUAGUCAACUCAGAGUUUUUUGGGGGCCUGUGCGAAGCUGUAGAUGUCCUGGCAUGCCCAGAGAAUGCUACCCUUCAGGAGCCUCUGGAGGCUUUCAUCAACAGCGCUGAUAGCACCUUUGGCUGUCUGCAUUGCAACGGCCGGCUGGUGACAGCCACAGACAAAUGGUGGAGUCUGACUGGCCAGGAGAUGACGCUCCUCGCUGCCUUCAUCAACACGUUACCCACGGGCACCUCCAGUGAUGUACCCAUUUACCUCCCGCAUGCAAGCCCCAAGGUUCCCCACCGUCUCCUCAGCAUUAGUCUCCUCCCAGGUGUCAUCGUCAGUGUACUGUGUCUGGACACGCCCACUUUAGCCGACGCCCAAGCCACAUUGGUCGAGCCCUCAUGGCGGGCUUACGUUGAGUCGCUCCGGGCCUGUCAGAAGGCCUCGCUAGCUGGCCAGCAUAUACCAAAGAGCCUCAGCGUGGAUUCUGGUAUUCUAGGGUUUCUUCUCGUGAACACAAACCAACACAAGUGUCUUUCGAGUUGCCGCUUGCCCAUACAAGAAGGCAGCGCCGCUGACAGACGUCCCUUGACCCACUCACGACGGAGACAGGUUCUGAAUGCGUUCUACAGGAACACAGUGGGUACGCUGUUCCCGGUAUGCCACAGUCCUCAGAGAACCGAUCCGUCGGGGGAUACGUCGUCCACAUUCAGCCACACCGUCAAGGAGACGUACAUGCACGCCAAAGACCACAAGUGCUAUGCUAUCUAUUCCAAUCCUUACCAGCUGUUUGUUGUGUGCUCUGUGGCUGUUCCCAAUUACGCUCUGAGGUCCAUAUCUGUGGACUUACUCAACACCCUCAGCAAAGACAAGGUCUUCCACGACAGAAGAAAAUCCAGUUGAUAGACUUCAUACCGUUUAAAAGACUUCAUUCAGUCACUGAAUAUUCAUGAGAUAGUUGUCGGUGAAUAUUCAUGAGAUACUGAAAUAUUCAUCAUUGCUGAACUACAUCUCCUCCAGUGCUUAUACCUAAAUUUACUAUUGAAUGGGUUACUCAUUCAAGGAAGUGCAGACAGGAUGAGAAUGAGUGGCUACAAGGAUGACAAUAAUAGGCACUUCAAGUUCAGUCGAAUGUCGCAGUCUUUAGAUGUGCAAUCUGCUGGUGAAGUUCUAAUGAGCACCAAAUCUGAGGGAUUUACUGAGAUUUUUGGUGGUGUGGAUUGAAGAACAAAUGGUAUCUAGUGUCCUACAGUGGCGGAGCACAAAGACUUGGGCUAAGAAGAUCAUUUGAAAUUUGGAUCUCUAUAAAGAUUUAUCCUCCAAAGUCAAAAGUUUGUGUUUUAUCCGUGUGUAUUGAUGAGGCAAAUAUUUGCCAAUAUUGUACCAUUAUGUGCUACAUAAAGCAUUCCUUGGACCAUUUUAGCUCCCUUGGGGAGCAUAAUACAGCCUUAUGCUGCCAUUUUGGCGAAAUCAAACACAAUAACUAUCUCUGACCCUCAGAGCUAUAUUAUGUUAAUUUUACUUCUGGAUGGAGAAGUAAGUUUAGUAAAAGCUGUCAUUUAAAUUACCUGGUGUAGUAAUGAAUUCCAGAUAAUUAAUUAUCAUAUCAUUGUUCGAGUUUUUACAACUAAUACUUUAUAAAAAAAAAUAAAUUACUGCGACUGGUAAACUUAGUAUUUUUGGGAAUGUGUGGUCAUUUUUUUUGUGGGCGUGAGAAAUAAACCAUUUGACGUCA